CAUUGUUACUGUUGGUAUUUGGCACUUAGUUUGUUUUGAUCGCUUUUUGUGAUUUAUUCUUCAGUUUUACUGUGUUUGUGUUAGUUGUACGUAGAGAGUAAUAAAUCUACCCAUCUAUUAAAAAUGAGUCGUCGCAAGCGUGCUAGGGUUGAAACCCGCGAAAUAGAUGAAAAAUUGAAACAAGAGGAUUCUGAAUCAGACCAGUCUGAGAAGAGUAAAGUGAUUUCAUCUAGUCCCUCUACUGUUGCCGGUCGCAGGGAAUCUUCUUCGAGUCGUACGAAUGAAUCUAAAAAGGAAGAAAAACCGAUAAUAAUUGAAGAAAUGAAAAGCGAAGAUAUUGAGGAAGUAAAUUAUAAAGAAAUGCUUAAUAGUUUGGAAGGUGCAGCUUUUCAGUCAAGGUUGCCAUUUGAUAAGAUGUCAUCAUUAGAAGCAGAGUGCUUCUCAGAUUUGCAAGGACCAUCGGCUCAAGCAUUUAUUCAAAUAAGAAACCGUGUAUUGAAACUUUGGUUUGAAGAUCCUAAAAAGCAACUGACACAAGAGCAAGCUAUUCAAAAAAUGGAACCACCCUAUAAUGUGGAUCCAGUGUUGGUAUUGAGGACUCAUGCUUUCUUAGAAAGACAUGGUUUUAUAAACUAUGGCAUAUAUGAGAGAAUUUCUCCAAUUCCAUCACCACCUAAAGGAAAACAGAGACCUAAAGUCAUCAUCAUUGGUGCAGGUGUAUCGGGAUUGGCCGCAGCUCGCCAAUUGCAAUCGUUCGGGUGUGAAGUUGUCAUAGUGGAGGGACGAGAGCGUGUCGGCGGGCGCAUAGUGACGUACCGUAAAGGACCGUAUGUAGCAGAUCUUGGAGCGAUGGUCGUAACUGGUCUAGGCGGGAACCCGGUCACAACGCUCUCGGUUCAAAUGAACAUGGAGUUGCAUAAAAUUAAACAGAAAUGCCCCUUGUAUGAGGCGACUGGCAACCAAGUGCCGAAACAUAAGGAUGAAAUGGUCGAGCGCGAGUUUAACCGCCUGUUAGAUGCUACCUCGUACCUGUCCCACCAAGUGGACUUCAAUUAUUAUGACGAUACUCCAGUGUCUCUGGGCCAAGCCCUGGAGUGGGUAAUUAAGCUGCAACAGAAGAAUGUUAAGCAUAAACAGAUAUCACACCUGAAAGCAUUUAUAACUUUGCAAGAGAAACUUAAGAAUAACAUAAAUAAAAUGGCGGACAUAAAGGAGCUUCUCAAAUCUAUGAAGACGGAGAAGGAAACAUUACUAGCUGACAAAGAUAAAGUGACCGCAGAAGAUGGUGGAAUCUUGUACGAGUUUAACUUGAGGAGGCUGAAUCGAGAGUUGAAUAAACUGUGCAACGAAUACGAGGCCAUGGUCAAACAGAACGCUACCAUUGAGGAUAAGUUGACCCAGCUGGAGGCGAACCCGCCGAGCUCGGUGUACCUGUCGGUGCGCGACCGCCAGAUACUGGACUGGCACUUCGCGAACCUGGAGUUCGCGAACGCGACGCCGCUCGCCAACCUGUCGCUCAAGCACUGGGACCAGGACGACGACUUCGAGUUCACCGGGAACCACUUGACAGUUCGCAAUGGAUAUUCGUGCGUACCCGUGGCUUUGGCUGACGGAUUGGACAUCAGGCUGGGCACGUCCGUCUCGGAGAUAUCUUACGCGGGUCCAGGUGUCACGGUGAAGGCAGUAAACCCGAGGGCGCCUGGUCAAACGCAAACAUUUAAAGGUGACGUAGUAUUGUGCACUCUACCACUGGGGGUGCUGAAGGUGGCCGUCGCGAACAAUGGCCAGAAUCAGCAGAACUUUGUGCAGUUCGACCCGCCGCUGCCUGACUGGAAGGUGGCGGCAAUAAAGCGGCUGGGUUACGGGAACUUGAACAAAGUUGUGUUGUGCUUUGAGCGCACUUUCUGGGACCCGAGCGCGAAUCUAUUUGGUCACGUUGGGACUACAACCGCCAGCCGAGGUGAAUUGUUCCUCUUCUGGAACCUGUAUAGCGCGCCAGUACUGUUGGCGCUGGUGGCCGGCGAAGCGGCUGCGGUUAUGGAAAACGUGACUGAUGACGUCAUAGUGGGCAGAUGCAUCGCCGUGCUCAAGAGCAUCUUCGGUCACGCAGCGGUGCCGCAGCCUAAGGAGUGCGUGGUGACUAGAUGGCGCGCGGAUCCGUUCGCAAGAGGCUCGUACAGCUUCGUAGCGGUUGGCUCGUCGGGCGCAGACUACGAUUUGCUGGCGGCCCCCGUGCCUGAUGCAUCCGGUGAAAACAGGCUUUUCUUUGCUGGUGAACACACGAUGAGGAACUACCCGGCGACCGUGCACGGCGCGUUCCUCUCCGGGCUGCGCGAGGCGGGCCGGCUCGCCGACCUGCUGGUGCCGCUGCCGCCAGUCACCAACGCCACCGUGGCGGCCGCCACCGCCAAUGUCAACCACUCUUGAUAGACAGGUGUGAUUAGUUGCUACUCUUAAACUCUAGUGACUAGUUUUUGAGUUAGCGUAGAAUACGUUUGAGUUGCAAAGUUUUUGUUGUAGACUGCUUAUGAGUUAGAUAGGAAAGUUAUAAGUUCGUUCAUUUUAGAAGUUGCAAAUACAUAUGUUAACCACACGCGAUGGACAGAGUUAUUCCUCAAACCUACUCCUAACGUACUAGGUUUGAGUUAUGGUAGAAUACUUUUGAGUCAGGUACUUUCGGGUUAGGCGGUUAUACUUUUGAAUUAGGCGUCGACUACUAACGCUAAUGUGGCCAUUGCUCCUAGAUUAGUUAUGAGCUAUAGAAGGUUAUUUUUGACUUUAAAUGGUUUUGUCGUGUUUUACUUACCAGAUCUUGAAAAAGUUUGCUCUAUUUUUACAUGUGAUUUAGUAAUUUGUAUAAAUGAACCUCAAAAGUUUUAUGUGUUUUUUCAAUAAGUACGUGGUAGAUAAUUAUAUGUAUUAGUUCAUUAAAUCUUCACAUAGCAAAUUAUUCUUCUCAUAAUAAGUCAUUCAUCUAAAUAAUUGUAGGACGAUUAAUAAUUCUGCAUUUGUUAUGAGAGCUAUUCAUUUUAUUUUUAGGAGUUUUCCAAUUCUAGGCACGAUAGACUGAUCAGCUUGAUAUUGUAGUAGAUUUUUAGUGUAGUUUACUUUUUAUGUGUCACAUUUUUGUAUGCGUUUGGUUAAUUUAUGAUGUUCUAUCGGAUUAUAAGCGGAACAUAAUUGUCGACCAUUUUUACUCUAAUCGGUGUAUCUUCAUAUAAAUUACAAUUUCUUGUUGGACAGUAUUGUAUCAAUUUUAUCAUAAUAUUUAAUAUUAAUAGAUUUGCAAUUGUUUAGAAUAGACAUUUCGUGUUUUUUAAUUCCUGUCAGUAAAAAAGAUUGCGUUUAUUACUGUAGGAUCUUAAGU